AUGCCCGACCCCCUAGUCACCCACAUCUACACGGCCGACCCGUCGGCGCACGUCUUUGAGGGCAAGAUCUACGUGUAUCCUUCCCACGACCGCGAAACCGACAUCCAAUUCAACGACAACGGCGACCAAUAUGACAUGGCCGACUACCACGUCCUCUCGCUCGGGGAGCCCGGCGGCCCCGUGACGGAUCACGGCGUGGCCCUCCGCGCGGAGGACGUCCCCUGGGUGUCCAAGCAGCUGUGGGCGCCCGACGCCGCGACCAAGAACGGCAAAUACUACCUGUACUUCCCUGCGCGCGACAGCGAGGGCAUCUUUCGUAUCGGCGUCGCGGUCGGUGAUCGCCCGGAGGGGCCCUUCACGCCUGACCCGGAACCCAUCAAGGGCAGCUACAGCAUUGACCCGGCCAGUUUUGUCGACGACGACGGGCAGGCGUACCUGUACUUCGGCGGCCUGUGGGGCGGACAGUUGCAAUGCUGGACCACCGACAAGUUUGACGCCAGCAUGGGCGGGCCCAAGGAACCCUCCGGCGAGGGUGUGCCGGCCCUGUUGCCGAGGGUCGCCGUUCUCAGCGAGGAUAUGCGCUCGUUCGCGUCCGAGGUCAAGGAGUUGCAGAUCCUGGAUGAGCAAGGGGAGUUGAUCAAGGCGGACGAUCACGACAGGCGGUUCUUCGAGGCCGCGUGGAUGCACAAGUAUGACGGGAAAUACUAUUUCAGUUACUCCACGGGGGAUACGCAUUACCUUGCGUAUGCUGUCGGGGAGAGUCCGUUGGGCCCGUUCACGUAUGGGGGACGCAUUUUGGAGCCCGUGCUCGGGUGGACGACGCAUCACAGUAUCGUCGAGUUCCAGGGGAAGUGGUAUCUGUUUUAUCACGACUGCGAGUUGAGCAAGGGGGUGGAUCACCUGCGGAGCGUCAAGAUGAGGGAGAUUGUGUAUGAUGCGGAUGGCAAGAUUUCGCUGGCCGAGAAGCAGUAA